AUGGUCGUCGGAUUUCUAUAUUUAGCUUAUUUGAUAUUUUUUGAGAGUGGCGAUGGAAUGCCCGAAAUUGAUGUAGAUUUAAAAGAUGUCAUAAGUUAUGCAGUUUUAGCGAUCGAAAUGGGAGGACAUGCUGUUAUGAAGGUUAAUGAAGAGAAAUCACUCAAUGCGGCAGCAAAAGGUCUCACUGACGAAGGAAAAGAGGAACUGUUAACAAGAGCAGAUUUGAUAUCGAAUCAUUUAAUUUUGGACAUUUUGCAGAGGUUUCCACGAUUACAGAUUGUAUCAGAAGAAAAAGCAUCAGAGUUUUCUGAAAAGGAAGUCGAACCAUAUCGAUCUGAUAACUACGCAGUGUGGCAAAGUGUUAAAGAGAUCUUGGAUAAAAUUCCAAGUCGACGACUUCAGUUAUCUGAUGUGAGAGUUUUUGUGGAUCCAUUGGAUGCUACGCAAGAAUUUACAGAAGGACUAACCGAGUAUGUGACCGUCAUGGCUUGUAUUGUCGUGGAUGCUGAACCAAUAUUCGGUGCAAUCUACCGUCCAUUCUAUAAUGAAACAGUGUUUGGACUGCAAGGAUUUGGUGUCGUGACUUCAGAUGGAAAGAAAAUAACACCUGUUGAUGAAUCGAAAACUGACAAAAAAGUUGUUGUAUCUAGAAGUCAUGCAGGAAAAGUGAAAGAAGUUGUCGAAAAAGUUUAUGGAGAUAAAAUGUCUAUAGAAGCAGCUGGGGGAAGUGGAUACAAGACAUUACGAUUGGUUAAUGGAACUGCAGAACUAUAUCUUCAUACAACUGCCAUCAAAAAAUGGGACACCUGCGCUGGAGAUGCCAUUCUCAGAACGAUGGGCGGUGCAAUGUUAGAUUUGGAAGGAGAACCUUUGAGAUAUUCGUCUCAAGAUCCAAUUCUGAACAAAAAAGGACUUAUUGGAACCGUUCGAAAUCCAUAUACAUAUUUUAAGAAAUUUCAAGGAAUUAAAUUAUUGUAG